AUGUGGGAGCAGGACAAGCGCUUAAUGUGGGAGCGGGCGCUUAAUGUGGGAGCGGGGCAAGCGCUUAAUGUGGGAGCAGGACAAGCGCUUAAUGUGGGAGCGGGGCAAGCGCUUAAUGUGGGAGCGGGGCAAGCGCUUAAUGUGGGAGCAGGACAAGCGCUUCAUGUGGGAGCAGGACAAGCGCUUAAUGUGGGAGCAGGACAAGCGCUUAAUGUGGGAGCAGGACAAGCGCUUAAUGUGGGAGCAGGACAAGCUCUUAAUGUGGGGGCGGGGCAAGCGCUUAAUGUGGGAGCAGGACAAGCUCUUAAUGUGGGAGCAGGGCAAGCGCUUAAUGUGGGCAGGAAGCUCAGGUGGGAGCAGGGCAAGCGCAAGCGCUUAAUGUGGGAGCAGGGCAAGCGCUUAAUGUGGGAGCAGGACAAGCUCUUAAUGUGGGAGCGGGGCAAGCGCUUAAUGUGGGAGCAGGACAAGCGCUUAAUGUGGGAGCAGGACAAGCGUGGGAGCUUAAUGUGGGAGCAGGACAAGCGCUUAAUGUGGGAGCGGGGCAAGUGCUUAAUGUGGGAGCAGGACAAGCGCUUAAUGUGGGAGCUGGACAAGCGCUUAAUGUGGGAGCAGGACAAGCGCUUAAUGUGGGAGCGGGGCAAGCGCUUAAUGUGGGAGCAGGACAAGCGCUUAAUGUGGGAGCAGGACAAGCGCUUAAUGUGGGAGCAGGGCAAGCGCUUAAUGUGGGAGCAGGGCAAGCGCUUAAUGUGGGAGCAGGACAAGCGCUUAAUGUGGAAGCGGGGCAAGCGCUUAAUGUGGGAGCGGGACAAGCGCUUAAUGUGGGAGCAGGACAAGCGCUUAAUGUGGGAGCAGGACAAGCGCUUAAUGUGGGAGCAGGACAAGCGCUUAAUGUGGGAGCAGGACAAGCGCUUAAUGUGGGAGCGGGGCAAGCGCUUAAUGUGGGAGCAGGACAAGCGCUUAAUGUGGGAGCAGGACAAGCGCUUAAUGUGGGAGCAGGGCAAGCGCUUAAUGUGGGAGCGGGGCAAGCGCUUAAUGUGGGAGCAGGACAAGCUUAAUGGCAAGCGCUUAAUGUGGGAGCGGGGCAAGCGCUUAAUGUGGGAGCGGGGCAAGCGCUUAAUGUGGGAGCAGGGCAAGCGCUUAAUGUGGGAGCGGGGCAAGCGCUUAAUGUGGGAGCGCUUAAUGUGGGAGCGAGGCAAGCGCUUAAUGUGGGAGCGAGGCAAGCGCUUAAUGUGGGAGCGGGGCAAGCGCUUAAUGUGGGAGCGGGGCAAGCGCUUAAUGUGGGAGCAGGACAAGCGCUUAAUGUGGGAGCGGGGCAAGCGCUUAAUGUGGGAGCGGGGCAAGCGCUUAAUGUGGGAGCGGGGCAAGCGCUUAAUGUGGGAGCGAGGCAAGCGCUUAAUGUGGGAGCGAGGCAAGCACUUAAUGUGGGAGCAGGACAAGCGCUUAAUGUGGGAGCGGGGCAAGCGCUUAAUGUGGGAGCAGGACAAGCGCUUAAUGUGGGAGCGAGGCAAGCACUUAAUGUGGGAGCUGGACAAGCGCUUAAUGUGGGAGCGGGGCAAGCGCUUAAUGUGGGAGCGAGGCAAGCGCUUAAUGUGGGAGCGAGGCAAGCGCUUAAUGUGGGAGCGAGGCAAGCGCUUAAUGUGGGAGCAGGAUUAA